AUGGCUGCGGACUGGCGGCAGGACCCGCUCGAUUACGGCCAAACAUAUCCCAAUGAUCGAACGGAUUUCAAUCACCGAUCUUCAGCCACCAGAUACCAGCAGCUCGGCAAUCAUCGUGUGGAUGGUGGCGUAUACUCAGGUGCAGGAAUUGUAGCAAACAACAAGAGCACUUUGCCUGGAUGGAGCCCGGACUUGCAUUAUGAGGUAGCGCGAGAAACAAUCAGUCGCAGAACUGGGCGUGCAACCAUAUCCGACCGUAGCGAAACCACCGCCUCGUCAAGAAGUGAUCCAUUCAUUCCCCAAGUCCACAUCGAUGACUUGCAGGUAUUGAGUCUUGGGAAUCAUCCAGCCUCACAUAUGGUGUUGCCCUAUGGGGCCAGCAGUCACAGUCACCACGAUGACCCCAUUCUGGGGGGCGCCCAACGAAAGUAUGACAAGGAGGUACAAAAGUCAUUGGGGCCAGCAUACACGAUCCUCGGCAGUAACGGCGAACGUGAGACGCUGGAUCUUCGUAAGCAAUAG